UCAGAACUGGAUCAGAACCGGAUCAGAAGUGGAUCAGAACCAGAUCAGAAGUGGAUCAGAACCGGAUCAGAACCGGAUCAGAACCGGAUCAGAUCCGGAUCAGAACCGGAUCAGAUGGGUGAGAGGAGCAGCAUCACAGCUCAGGAGAAGCUGGUGAAGUCUGCCUCAGCUCACGCAGACCUGCAACAGCACCGGUCUGAGGGUAUCCACAGGAAGUCGUCCCCGGCGUCUGGCUAUGUCCCCCAGCCUGACUACCAGGAAGAAGAAGACGAGGACGACCUCAUCAAGCCCAAGAAACUGUUGAAUCCUGUGAGAGCAUCACAAAGUCACCAGGACCUUCACCGGGAGUUGCUGAGCAGCUGCAAGAGAGGGGGGGGGGUGCGAGUGGAGACGCAGCCGGAGCUGCACCGAGUGCUGGAGUCCAGGAAACGAGAUCAGCUGAUCAAACAGAGGAGACAGGAGGACGACGCCCGCAGGAAGAUCUCACCUCUGGAGGCGGAGCUACUGAAGAGACACAGGAAGCUGGAGGAGAUGGAGAAGCAGGAGCAGACACAGCAGGAAGAGAACCUGAAAGCUCCGGAGUUUGUCAAAGUCAAAGAGAAUUUGAGACGGACGUCUUUUCCAAGUAAAGAUGAGAGGGACGUGUAGAGACACAGCUGCCGUCUUCCAGAGGACACGUUGUCUACAUGUUAACAGGGGACAUGCUGAGGACACGCUGAGAACACACUGUCCAGAUGUGGACAGAGGUGAAGUCUCACUGUUCUGUCGGGGGGAUAAAUGAUGGACACACCUGGUGAACAGGUGACCUUGUGUUUGACCUUGUCUCUGGUUGUCACAUGGUCAGUGACGGACGUGCACAGUAGUGUUAGAAAAUGUGUUUACUACAAACAUCUGAGCUGAGGCUCAUGGGUACUGUAGUGCUUAGAGGAACAGGUCAGAACCAUGAACUGUCAACAAACACGGACGCUGCCCUCUUGUGGUGAUGACGUCAUUUUCAGUCAGAGUCUGUGCAGUAGUGAUCGUGGCGUGCAACCCUCGUGUUGAGGUCCCGCCCACACACACUCUCUACCAAUCAGGAGUCAGUGUCAGCUGUCAAUCAUCACGUCUCAGCCUGUUUUCAUAUCAUCAAAAAACUGAUUAAAACCAAACCGAUCAGAAACUUGAGAUUAGAACGACCUGAAACGACA